AUGGAAGAGAUGAAUCGUAAGUGGGGAUUGCAAUGCCUAUAUGGUAAGGCCUGGCAAGCAAAGGAGUACGUGGAGAGUCUUGUGUUCAGUCCAUCGGAAGAGUCAUUCCAACUCUUCCCCUCGUAUUUCCAUAUGUUGGAACAUGAAAAUCCCGAUAUUGUCACGUGUGUCACUACUGAUGGGGAACAACGAUUCAAAUAUUGUUUUUGGGUUUUUGGGUCAUGUAUUCAGGGGUUCAGUGUUGUAAUGCGGCCUGUAGUCGCUAUCGAUGCCACACAUCUGAAAGGCAGAUUCAAGGGUAUUCUAUUUGUGACGCAUCUUGGCAUUAAGAAUGCAGUUAAACAAGUGUACAAGGGCACUCAUCACGGUCUAUGCAAUUACCACUUAGGGAAAAACGUUAAAAACAGGUUCAAGUGUGAAGAUGUUGCAGCGAUUUUCACCAUGGCCACCAAUUGUUAUAAGGUCACCGAUUUUGACAGACAUAUGAAUCAGCUGAAACAGCUUUGCAAACCUGCUUAUGACAGCCUUAUGAGAUUAGGCCCUGAGAGAUGGGCACGUGCACGAUCACCAGUAAAGCGAUACAAGCUAAUGACAUCCAACACUGCGAAAUGUAUUAACUCCUGCUUGAGGCAUGCAAGAAAAAUGCCAAUAACGGUGUUGAUCGAGUGCGUCAGAGGCAUGCUUCAAUGUUGGUUCCAUGACCGGCACAAUGAGGCAUUGAAUUUGACCAUGCCCCUUAGCCUUUAG